CUUCAUCAGUCAGCUUGCAGUGAUUAUUUGAGAAAGGUUGGUUUCCGCUGGCAGUUUUUCAAAAUUAACUUUUGCCAGAAACAGUGGAAACGCAUUGUGAGUAUUCGUGGUGCGGGAAAUGAGAAAGUGCAGUUAAAUAAAAAUCAUACUGCAGUUGCUGUUCAUGCUGGCCGAAACUAACUGUGAAGCGGUUCUCUUAACUUCGUCUAUCGAGUUGCAAAGAAAAUAUCGAUUAGUGACUUGGGUAUACAAAAAUAAAUCGGGCUUAUAAAUAAAAACAACAGUAUAGUGAAGAACGCAUUCCGUACCCAAAAAAGUUAUCUCUACGUCUCGAUAGUUUGUGCUAAUGUUAUGUGUCUGAAUAUUGAAUAAAUUACGACUAGCCAACACAACUGGUGAUAGUGAAAGAAUGUAGUUUUAUCUGCGGACUGUGAUCGAAGCACACAUAAUAGAUAACUUGUCAAUCAAAUAGCAGUUUCAAGCAACUAAAAAUAAAGUUUCCUGUUGUUAAGGUUGCCUCGGAGCGCGACAGCAAACUAUGCGCCUGGAUGAGCUGGUAGCAUGGUACCAGAAGAAAAUCGGCACAUAUGACAAGCAGCAAUGGGAGAAAACAAUCGAGCAGAAGAUUCUUGCUGGUAUUGACCAUCUGCCGCUCAAGAACACUAAGCUUAAAACUGAACUCAUCGAUGUGGACCUGGUGCGAGGAUCAACAUUCCCAAAGGCCAAAUCCAAACUCUCCAUCCUCACUGUGAUCUAUCUCGCCUCCGUAAGACUCCUCUUCCUACCAGUUUAUGCAAAAUGGUGGGUCCAACAAACCUCUCCGAAGGUUUUCGUUCUCCUCCUGACAUUAUACCUCCUGCAAAUGGUCAACCUAGGCAUCUACAGUUACAAUGUGAACAAAGCCGGAGCCGAACAGGAAGAGCAUAUCGUGGCCAUCUCCGAUUUCUUGAUCCCGAUGGCCCUUAGUUUGCUGUUAAGCGUCAUUCACUCUCAGAUAGUAGCUACAGCGUCAAACAACAGUACCCUUUCACACAAAGUGAAAAAAUGCCACUCACACUCUACGCUAAAAAAGCGCGAACGGAUACGGAGGAAGCGCCGUUUUCGUGCAUCUUAUACCAAUGUCGGCGAAUCGAUGUCAACAGUGACUGUGAAAAGUUCGAGCUGUGAUCAGAAUCAGGAGAGCAAACAUGUGAAAUCGGUCACUGCAUCUCCCACGCGAAGAAAUAAAAAACAAGGUGCUUGUAGCACGAGCAGCAGUACAAGCAACGAAACAUUGGAUCGUCAACGAAUUGACAAGAGUUCCGUUGAUGCUCACUCAAAGGUACAGAACAAUGUAGUUUUGAAUGUUGUAACGAAACGUUCACCCAUUGAGAAAUUGGGUGAAAGUGAUAGACAAGCGGAUGGAAAAAAUAGAAUAAUCGAUAGCCAGGGCAUUUCAAACAUGCAACCGGAACAAUCAGACGACGAUCGGGAUGACUCGGUGUUUCUACAAGAAUCUUGCCAUAUGAAUGGGAACGAUUUAACUUCAACAAACCCACGCGAAGUAUUGAAAAAGGAGUCAUUUCUCCCAACCGACUCCUGUUGUACCUUGCGGAAACGAAACGUGAAUUGGGACCCACAGGUCAGUAGCAGCAACACCAGCCGAACGAAAAAUGAAGACAGAAGCUCCGUUGAUGCCCCGGUUGAUGACGAUGGUUUCGAGAGUUUGAACGGCAAAAGCUCUGGAGGAGAAGAUAGCUCGAACCCUGGGGUACCAACGGCAACAUACUUUAAGAACAUAUCGUACAGUAAUACAUGGACCAGUACAUGCCCUCAGCUGGAAAAGGAGACAAAGUCUGAUAGUGAUACGGACACACUUCGAAAUACCCCAACUAGUCAGGAGCCGACUUGCAGUGCACCCUCGACGACGAUGCAAUUAGGAAAAUGUAGACCUCAUCUGUCCUCCGAGUCCGGUAUUGAACUUCAGCGACAUAAGCGCAAAUCCCAACUGGACGAUGACCACCUGCCUCAUACCGUGGCAGGUCAAAGCGAAUCCAAGGAGGAUGGAUUCGAGAAGACCCUCGAAUCCAGUGGCGAUACGGACGAAGAAAAUGACUCUGAUCCGCAACACAAUGAUGCUGGUCACCAUCAGCAUCACCUGCUUCAACAUCACAGCCAUCACCAUCAUCAUCAGCAUUUGUCAGAAGGUACGAGUACGAACUGUUGUAGGAAUGUAGCCAACACAGAUAGCGAAGAUUGUAGUUAUAGCUCCGAUCUUAACCACUCGGAUGGUCAAAACGAGCAUUCGGAUGACGAUUAUGACUUGGAGGAUGCACCGACUAUUAUACUCAACCCACCAUGUGGGGCCACAGAUAGAGUCAGCUGCACCAUUUGGGAGGCACGGGAAGCUAAAAAAGCGGAAAUGUCUGUACUGGACAUCUCGUCGGCAAUAAUCGAACGCGUCGAAGCCAUGCCGGAAACGUGUGACUACGUCUACAUAGGCGUCGUGCUCAGCCUUAUCCUAUCGCUCAUUCCCGCCUUCUGUAGACUGUGCGAGGCAAUAGUUGAUCCAGCCAACUCCACCGAGCUGAGCUUCCUAGAAAUGCCGGUACUACUGCUGGAGAAGGCUUCUUUUUCCUGCAUCGCAAUUCUACGGUUUGCUCUCGGUGACUCAACGUGGGAAAAGACGGUGCUAAUCUUAGGUUUUGUUCUACGACUGUGCUUGACAUAUCUGUUGUUCUUCCUGCUGGCCGUUGCCGAACGAACCUUCAAGCAAAGGUUUCUCUACGCCAAGCUGUUCUCGCAUCUGACAUCGUCACGAAGAGCCCGACAAUCCGGUAUUCCCCACUUCCGACUGAACAAAGUUCGAAACAUCAAGACAUGGUUAUGCGUGAGAUCAUAUUUGAAACGACGGGGACCCCAAAAUUCGGUCGACGUGAUCGUUUCGGCAGCUUUUAUCAUCACGCUGAUAUUGCUAGCAUUUCUGAGCGUUGAAUGGUUGAAGGAUUCGGUACAUCUUCACUCGCAGUGUAAUCUGGAAGCAUUGGUGUGGUCUUGUGCAUUUGGUGCAUUUCUUUUAAGGUUCAUGACUCUCGGUACCAAGAUCAACAAGAAGUACAAAAGUGUUUCGGUACUUAUAACGGAACAGAUUAAUCUAUACGUGCAAAUUGAACAAAAACCGAACAAAAAAGAAGAACUAAUGAUUUCUAAUAAUGUACUGAAACUGGCAGCUGAUUUACUCAAAGAAUUGGAGUCUCCAUUCAAGAUAUCCGGUCUCAGUGCGAACCCCUAUUUGUAUACCACGGUGAAGGUGGUCAUCCUAUCGGCACUUUCCGGCGUUCUCAGCGAAAUGCUGGGUUUCAAACUUAAACUUCAUAAGAUUAAAAUUAAGUAGACGGUUUCGUUUUACGUACCAGCAGCAGACAACUCACUGUGCUAGCUCUAGAGUAUGUAGAUCAGGCCUGCUGUGGAUAGUGAAUCCAUAUAAUUUUUUUUAUCAAUUUAGGGUAGAGUUGUUUAGGACAAUGUAACGAACAAGCAAUGUUCUGAUGAGAUUGCGAAUGAAUCAAGCAUAGGUUUUCGUGAACCGUUACGUAGACUACACAUUUAUUUUUUAGGGCGAAAGCAUUUUUUAGGCUUUGAAUCCUCCCCAUCCCUCAACAGCAACUGUCGAUAGAUUUUAGCUAUGGAAAAGUGGUAUUUUUCGAAGUACUAUAUUUUAGAAGAGAAUAAAAUAAACGACAUACAUGGUCGUAUGAAAAAAAAAGAAAACUCAUGUGAUUGAUAUAUGAUUCGUUGAACGAUUGACAGUGCUGUAAUAAAGUAUUCAUUGUUGAA